AUGGCCGAACAAGACCAAGCACGUCCGUUAGCUCCGGCGGCAGUACGGCCGGUGAGCGACGGAGCCACCGUGGGAUAUUCAACUGAGAAGAAUCGCCUUCGCCGGAGGAAUCACAUCAGGUGCUUCGGUUGCGUGGCGGUCACGGUUCUCGUCCUGGCAGUGACCGUACUGAUUCUGGCCUUUACCGUCUUCCGAGUCAAGGAGCCGAAAAUACAAAUGAACAGCAUCAAGAUCACGAGUCUAGACAUCUCCCUCGGGCCACAGAUCCUCCAGCCACUGAUCAACGUCUCGAUGGCCGCUGACUUGUCGAUCAAGAACCCGAACUCAGUGUCGUUCAAGUUCGGUAACACGACCACUGAGGUUUAUUACCACGGAACGGUGGUCGGAGUGGCUCGUGGACCGCCGGGGAAGGCGAGGGCGAGACGGACGAUGAGGAUGAACAUAACGAUGGACAUCUUGGCUGAUCGGAUGCUGUCUUCGGGCGGGGAUCUGGUUCGGGAUGUCGGGUCGGGUUCGCUCAACAUGACGGCUUACACUGUGGUGGGAGGGAAAGUGAAUAUACUAGGGAUCGUCAAGAAACACGUGACGGUUAAGAUGAACUGCACGGUCGUGUUGAGUUUGUCUAGCCGGGAUACCCAAGGUUUCAAGUGCAAGAGGAAAGUUCAUCUCUGA